CGGCCUCUGGAUGUGAUGCCGUCUGUGGCUAGGAUCCCAUAAAAAAUAGGACAACACGUCUCAGUCUGAGCUCCUCCCCACUACCCCGCUGCGUUCGGUUACGUCUAGCCGGCCCCGCUGUAAUCCGCAGCGUAGAUAUCGUGCUCCGUCUUUCACGGGAGAUCACGAACGCCGGAGUACUAGUCUCAACCCAGCACACAGCCAUGGCAGAAAACGCCGGCUUGGAUAACCACCGUAUCAAAAGCUUCAAAAACAAGGGACGCGAUGUCGAGACCAUGAGGAGGCAUCGGAACGACGUGACCGUUGAGCUGAGGAAGAACAAACGAGACGAGCAUCUACUGAAGAAGAGGAACGUUCCUCACCAGGAGAGCCUGGAAGACUCUGACCUUGACUCUGACUCCAAAGGGCAAAAUGUCACGCUAGAGGCCAUCUUACAGAACGCCACCAGUGAUGAUGCUGUGGUCCAGCUCAGUGCUGUUCAGGCCGCUAGGAAACUCCUCUCCAGUGACAGAAACCCUCCCAUCGAUGACCUGAUAAAGUCUGGAAUCCUGCCCAUCCUGGUCAAAUGUCUGGAGCGAGAUGACAAUCCGUCCCUCCAGUUCGAGGCAGCCUGGGCCCUGACAAACAUAGCAUCUGGAACGUCACAGCAGACCCAGGCUGUGGUCAAAUCCAAUGCGGUUCCUCUGUUCUUGCGGCUCCUCCACUCUCCCCAUCAGAAUGUGUGUGAACAGGCGGUUUGGGCGCUCGGCAACAUCAUAGGGGACGGACCACAGUGCAGAGAUUACGUCAUCUCCCUGGGCGUGGUCAAGCCUCUGCUGUCCUUCAUUAACCCCUCCAUCCCCAUUACCUUCCUCCGCAACGUCACCUGGGUGAUCGUCAACCUCUGCCGCAACAAGGACCCACCCCCCCCCAUGGAGACUGUGCAGGAGAUUCUCCCUGCAUUGUGUGUUCUAAUAUACCACACAGACAUCAAUAUACUAGUGGACACCGUCUGGGCCCUGUCCUAUCUGACCGACGGUGGGAAUGAACAGAUCCAGAUGGUCAUAGACUCUGGCGUGGUUCCCUUCCUGGUCCCCCUGCUUAGCCACCAGGAGGUCAAAGUUCAGACGGCGGCUCUGAGAGCGCUGGGGAACAUUGUGACGGGGACAGACGAACAGACUCAGGUGGUGCUCAACUGUGAUGUCCUCUCGCACUUCCCCAACCUGCUCACGCACCCCAAGGAGAAGAUCAACAAGGAAGCAGUGUGGUUUCUGUCCAAUAUCACGGCAGGGAACCAACAACAGGUCCAGGCGGUUAUUGAUGCAGGCCUCAUCCCAUUGAUCAUCCACCAACUGGCCAAGGGGGAUUUUGGCACUCAGAAGGAGGCAGCCUGGGCCAUCAGCAACCUCACUAUCAGUGGCAGGAAAGACCAGGUGGAGUACCUGGUGCAGCAGAAUGUGGUGCCUCCGUUCUGCACUCUGCUGUCAGUGAAGGACUCCCAGGUGGUCCAGGUGGUCUUGGAUGGACUCAAGAACGUACUCAUCAUGGCUGGAGACGAGGCCAGCACCAUCGCUGAGAUCAUAGAGGAGUGUGGAGGUCUAGAAAAGAUUGAGAACCUUCAGCAACACGAGAAUGAGGACAUCUACAAACUGGCCUUUGAGAUCAUUGACCAGUACUUUUCAGGCGAUGAUAUCGACGAGGAUCCCAGCUUGAUUCCUGAAGCCACUCAAGGAGGGACUUUCAACUUUGACCCCGCCACAAACCUGCAGACGAAGGAGUUCAAGUUCUAGGAGUCAGUCUUGAGCUGCACCGGUCAACCCCACCCAGACAUUCAUCCAUCUCUCUCCUCCAACCAGGCAACCUUCUGCAGAUGGGUGGAGUCCACCUACCAUCACUAUCCCCUUCAACACGGUCACCCAGCACCACUGCAAUAUUUCACUUCUGAAGAGUCCCUGAAAACACUCAACCUGGCAACUCGACCCCUGCGUUUCCUGGUACUUCGUCCAGGACCAAUCUAGGGAGGGGAUUCGGGGAGUCGUAGUCAAUGCUGUCAAAUGUCACUCAAAAAUAACAAGGAACGAGGGAAGGAAGAAAGAAGAAGCCUUUGCGGCAAUAUUUUUGAAUUGCCAAAUGUCACUACACACUCACACAGGCACAAAAACAAACAGUUGAACACUGACACUUGGAAAGAAUUAGCGCAUACUUGAUUUAGAUGCCAUUAUACCACAGAUGGAGAAAGGACGCUGUUGUUUGUUUGCGGUUUAUUUAUUUUUCUUUACUCAUGGAUUGUCUCCUGGUUUCUCAUUCACCCACUUUGUUAUGGACACAGUCACUCUUCUGUUCUCUGGUGAUGUCUGAGUGUCUCAGUGCCCCUUGAAGAUUUUCCCCCAGAACCAAGCCAUGAUUUCCCUCAGGCUUUAGCCAGGAAGAUUUUGUGGCUGACUGACAGACUUGAUAUGUCACAAAAAUGAAAUACUUUUUUCUUUUAUACUUCUCACAUUUACAUUUUUUUUAAUUUGUAUUAAAUGACACCAUACAACUGGUUCAAGAGGAAAUAUACAAUUUGUUUUGCAAUUUUGCUCUAAUUCAGGGGAGAGCAAAAUCGAAAAGGUAAAUUUUUCACAGAUCCGGGAAGCCAAGCUUUGCGGGAAAACCACCUCUGGGUGUUGGGACGGAACAUCGACACCGUAACCCUGUUUCCCAGAGGACCAUAUAUCCUGCUGCAAAAGUGAUGUCACGUCCUGUGGAGCUGGUAGUGAUGUCACUGUUGGGUUCUCCCUCAGAAGAGCUCACAUGUAGACUCACUUGAACACUUCAACACCAGAAAAACUCAAACAACCUGUUUUUGGCAAUCAAAUCUGGGAUUUUUGUUUCUCUUUAGCAUAUAAAAAAAAAAAGAAAGAAGCUUAGUUUGGCUUUUUCUGGUCCAAACUGUGUUGGAGCUUCCAUGUUCGCAAUUUUGACUUUUUAGUUUUUAUCUUCAGUCUUAUGCACCUGUCUUUGAGGUCCAGUGUUUUUGCCCUCUUCCUGUGGAAAUGGAGAGAUCCUCAGGCUGAAGACAGAACUAAGGGAGAAUAGAAAAAAAACUUUGACCUAUACAGAACUUUACAAAAUGUUUUAGCUCCUUUUUCUGAUGAGGUCAUCACCAAUCUAAAUAAUUGUACAAAAGAAAUGUCUCUCUUAAAUUAGUCUCUUGAAUAUAUAAAAUAUAUUUCCAUAACGCCUGUACAAAGCUGCUGCAGUUGACAAGCCUAUUGAGACAGACCUGAAAACUUACUGUCAGAUGUUUUGGGAGGUCAUUGGUCUGUUGUCAUUUUUGAUUUUAGUUUUAUCUUAAUUUUUAACAUUAAUGUGUAUUGUGAUGAAUUGGAGAACAGACUUGUCCAGCUGUAGGGGCUUACUGUCCUACCUUACCAGGUCAUGUCCAGGAGGACAACCUGAACAGUACCAGGUCAUGUCCAGGAGGUCAGCCUGAACCGUUUCUCAGUUGUGGCUUGUUCAAAUAGCAGACAACAAACGCUGGUGUUUUCAGUGCAAACUUGGCCGCGGUAGCGUUUCUAGUUGAGGUCUCACCUUGGAAGGGGAGAGUCAUUCAGUCGCCAAUGUAGUUUAGAAGCCACUCCUGUGCUAGCACCAGGUACAUCCUCUGUUACAGCUGUAGGUUUGAACCAGCCUUUGUGCUACUAACUGCUGUUAGACAGUUGGGAGGGGGGGUUAAAGCAGCCCUGUCUUGUUUUGGGACUAGUUGUUUAUUAUGGAUUUACUUUAGAGGGGCUGUUCAGUCAGGCCGUGUAGGAAGAUCGAGCCACUUUAAAGAAUUACAAUUUCUUUGCCUUGUAUUGCAAAACGAUACAAGCUUAUGUUUGUUGCAAGAUUUUUACUUGCGUGAGAAAAGUUGUUUUAAAUAAGAGAAUAGAGAGUGUAGCAACAGACAGCGUUUUGGCCUCUGUUUAUCUUUUUAUAAAUUUUAGAUUUGAAUUCUUCUCUUUAAGGUGGCUCACUGAUGCUUUCAACUCUUGUGCAAAUUAAAGACGAGAAUGAGUUGAAAUUCAUUGUGCCUUUUGUUUUUCAUUUACACAAAGAUAAAGUUAUUGCUCUCGGAAAGGCAAACAACUGCUAAUGGAAAAAGAACCAAAAGUCUAGAAGCUGUUGAAGCAUCGGAAAUGUGGGGCAUCUGAUUUAUUCUUUAUUGCUGGAGUUUGUCCCGGGAUUGAUCAAUGCUGCUCUCUGUUGUAGAGGGCAAAUGUUCUACUCUCAUUUAAAUAUAUAUUAUAUAUUUAUAAGGCUGAGCAUUGUAACCCGUUAUGACAUCACAGUGCUACCCUGUAUCCCGUACUUAACCAGUAACACACCAUAAACUCAUCUACGCCACAUUCUGCUAAUAAAUCAGGGGAUAAUGAUGACGACAUCACUUCCUCCCAUCUCGCCCUCAGGACAUGGUCUCUGUAUUACUGAUCCUAACCAAAAUAAACUUGCUGUUAGCCGUUGGAAACUCA